AUGCAAGAAAUAGUAUAGUAGGAUUCUGAAGAUGUAAUUUACAUUAAAUCAAUCUUAGAGUAUUGAUAAAGAAAGAGAUCGAUUAAAAUAAUAGUAAUACUUUAUUAAGAGUUAAGUCAAUUUAAGAAAUAAAACACAAAAGAAUUUAGAUGACGAUGUGUUUUACAGACUAAGUCCUUAAAGGAAAAAUCCUAACAAGGAAUUAAGAAAUUAGUUGAGUAAUUUGAGACAUAUGAGGAUCAGUAAACAUUUAUUAAUAUUUGCUUAGGUGCAGCAAAGAGCAGCUGUUCAAUAGGUUAAGACAUGUAAUCAGAAAUUUGGAAGAUUACUGUCUAAUCUAGCAAUGUUAAAGCUCGAAAAGAUACAUUUAAGAAAUUAUUCAAAUCUUCAGAUAAGAAAUAAUGUGACACCUAAUCUCAAAAAAAAUAUAAACUUAAUCAUUUUAAACGAAUUUUAAUCAACCGCCUUCAAAUACAUAAGCUGCAGGGGAUGAUGCUGAAGCUAAAUGGAAGAAAAAAUAUAGAGCCAAAAAAUUUUGAAUGCAAUAUCAAUAAAGGAAAAUUAGAAGGAAAAAUUUUGGUCAUUAGAAGUUAUUUGAUAAUAUAAAUAAUUAAAAUGGAUAGAUUAAAAGAUAUUGAGAGUAUGGCGCAUGGACAUGCUGGUGCUUUGGCUGGUCUCUUUUCUACUUGCCUACUUUAUCCUCUGGAAAACAUCAAAACAAGAAUGGCCGCAUCUUAAUAAAAAGAGGCCAUCCAAGAGGUUAUUAUUAAAGUGUGGGAUUAGGAAGGGGUCUGGGGAUUUUUUAAAGGUGUCACUCCUUUAGCUUUAGGCAACUAUAUUUCAUAUGGAGUCUACUUUUUUUGGUACACUUUCUAUAUUUUAUCAGAAGGUAUGAGUAUUUUAAGCAUUUGUUUAAAACAAAUAUUGCUAAUUCAUUUGCCUUAAUUAAACCAUCCUUAGCAUCAGCUAUUCUCACAACAUUUGUAACAAAUCCAUUUUGGGUUGUCUAAUCGAGGAUGACAGUCAGCAAAGAUAAUCUUAAUUUUUUUUAUAAGACUAAGCAAAUAAUUGAAAAAGAAGGAUGGGAGGCAUUAAUGAAAGGUUUAUAAGCGUCAUUGAUAUUAACAAUAAAUCCGAUUAUUCAAUUUGUCAUCUAUGAAGCAUUUAAAAGAAGAUUUUAAUAUGUAGAAAAUUAAGCCUUAGUUAAUUUUAUUGGAGGAGCAAUAUCAAAGGCCAUUUCCACAAUUUUAACAUAUGUUUUAAUUUUAUUUUGUAAUAUUAGCCUUAUCAGCUCCUGAGGACCAAAAUACAUAUAAAGAAAAAUAGUUCAAAAUCAUAUUUUUCAGCAGCAGAGAUGAUUCUCAAAAAUGAAGGAAUUCAAGGAUUAUUUAAAGGUGACCUACUUUCAUUUACUAUUUAGGGUUGACACCAAAAUUGUGUUAAUCAGUAUUAAAUUCUGCAUUUUUACUUAUGUUUUAUGAAAAAAUAUAUGAGAUCAUCAAAUAAGGAAUAAUUCUUAUCAUAAUUGAAAUUUUAAAAUAUCGUAAAAAAUUAAGAAAACUUUAGAAGUUAAAAUGA